AUGAACGAUUUACGAUAUGGUUUUCCAAUUUUACUGAGUAACUCUGUAAUAUUCGUUAAAUACGAUUCUGUUCCCCCACGUGCGUACUUUUUCACUAAUACUACUACUACUACUACUACUACUACUACUACUACCACUACUACUACUACUACUACUACUACUACUACUACUACUACUACUACUACUACUACUACUACUACUACUGUCUUGAUAAUUGAACAACUUGAUCUAGCUUCGUUACAAUCAAUCAGAGAUUUUGUAGAUAGAAUCAACAGUCAGUACACCAAAAUCGAUUUUCUCAUCAACAAUGCUGGACUCAUACUAAAAAAAUAUACAACAACUGAAGAUGGAUUUGAAAUGACCAUGGGAGUGAAUCAUUUCGGACCGUUUCUUCUAACAGAAUUGUUGAUACCAUUGUUGAAGAAUGCUGCACCAUCACGAAUCAUAAAUGUUUCCUCCGCAAUGCAUGAUGGUGGCCGUAUCAUCAAACCGGAUUUACAAUACAAUGAGAAAACUUAUAAACCAAUGAAUGUUUAUAGUGCGUCGAAAUUGGCCAAUGUAAUACAUGCAAUUGAAUUGAGUGAACGUUUGAAAGGAAGUGGAGUGGUUGCUGUCAGUCUACAUCCUGGAGUUGUGAGAACUGAAGUGAUGAGGGAUAUGAGAGAUUUUCCGAUGAUUAAUGAUACAUGA